CAAUGAGGUUUAGCUUGACUGGCUACCAAGUAUAAGAGCGAGCAGGUCACUUAGCUGCCGAAGAUGAGAAAACUUUUCAUUCGCACAACGUUAAAGGCUGAAAUACAGUAGUAAACCUUAUUGUCGCUUAUACCUUUCUCGGUUUUAAAUUUGCUCAAUAUCCAUGGCUUCAACGAAGGCUGAUUCCGAAGAUUCAGGGGUCGACAUGUUCACAAACAUUAGUGCUCUUCUGGAACACGGUAGCUGUGAGAUGUCCAAACUGCCUGAUAUUCUGAAUGCAACGUGUGGCUUUUCAAAUUCCUUCUCGACGAACGCGUUUUCGGGCCCACAACCAAGUAAUGGCUGGUCUACAUUUCCUCCUACACCGAACAGUUCACGAUCAUCUAGCCCUGUGGACGAUGAGCUGCGUUACGACACUGUUCUGGGUCGAAAUCUCUUAUCAAGACUUAAUUGCCAGCAGGCUUGUCAGCCGCUUGCGGGCUGGAUGACUCCACCUGGAAGUUUACCUCCAACCCCGCCUGCCUUUUCACCAAACCCCGCAGACCUCGAGCAUUCACUGGUGUUCGGUUUUCCAAACUCCCUCAUGCCACGGCACACUGUCAUUCCGGCGACUUCACAAUAUCAACAUGGUGACGAUCAACACCCACCAACGUCGCUUGAUGGUGCAGACAGCGGACCUCUAUCACCAACGUCUACGAUAAACUUACUCAUGGAUAGGCGAUGGGGUUUCACUCCGAACUCAAGUCCCGGCAUAACCCCUGUCCAACAAGAUGUUCGUCAAGCCUUGUUGCAACAAGCUGCUGCUGCUUCAAGUAACGAAGUGACGUAUACGUGGAGUGGCCAAUUGCCACCUCGGCAUUACAAGAAUCCAACAUAUUCUACGAAAGUUUUUCUCGGCGGUGUACCAUGGGAUAUCACUGAAAGUACGCUUAUUCAGUCAUUCAAACCGUUCGGUAAUGUUCGCAUUGAGUGGCCUGGGAAAGAGGGAAGACAUGCAGUAAACCCACCAAAAGGUUAUGUGUAUUUGGUGUUCGACUCGGAGAAAUCCAUAAAGGCUUUGUUGUCUUCUUGCACUCAAGACUGCAGUAACGGGGGAGAUUGGUACUUUCAGCUGUCAAGUAGACGCAUCAGAUGCAAAGAAGUUCAAGUCAUACCAUGGGUUCUUGUCGACAGUAACUAUGUUUGUGGCCGUUAUCAAAAACUUGAUCCAAGUAAAACAGUUUUUGUGGGCGGACUUCACGGCAUGCUCAAUGCAGAGGGCUUGGCGCACAUUAUGCAAGACCUCUUCGCUGGUGUUGUAUAUGCUGGCAUCGAUACAGACAAGCACAAAUAUCCCAUAGGUUCUGGCCGUGUAACAUUUAACAAUCACAAGAGCUAUAUGAAAGCAGUUUGUGCUGGAUUCAUUGAGUUAAAAACACCCAAGUUCACAAAAAAGGUUCAGGUUGAUCCUUAUUUAGAAGAUUCCCUCUGCGGUACAUGUCAUACGAACGCGGGCCCUUAUUUCUGUCGCGAACUUUCCUGCUUCAAAUAUUACUGUCGUUCGUGCUGGCAGUGGCAUCAUUCUAUUGAAGGACUACGUCAUCACAAGCCAAAGACUCGUACCAGUAAAAGUGCCUCGAGUUCCGGCAUCGGUCUCUUCGCAUUCUGAUGACGUGUUUCCUGCUGAACAAAACGACAGAUGUACCCCGAUGUACUAGUCCAUUCUGAAAAGGUGGGUCUGUGAUCUUGGCAGUACGUAUUAUAGUGAUUAUCCUUUAAGUUCCUAAAAUGUCCACUGGUAUCCAUGAUUAUGGCUGUGGUUCUUAAAAAUUUGAGUGCUUUAACUUUGAUUGUCAUAGCGUGUUGAAGUGUUUCAGUUUAUUUCGUAAUGAGCCUUGAUUUUAUAGUUUAUAAGACGUUGUGUGAUUGGUGCGUUUUAACACGUAGCUAACCAAUCAACGACAACGGUAAACACCCGUGACACAGUCAACUUUACUGUGUGAUCACGUGUGUUCUUGAAAUGUUUAAAUAUUUACGUCGGAUUUGAAGUAAUCAACAUCCCACAAAAAAAAAUGAACGUUUUGUGGCGAAAAUAUCGACCUCUGUAAGUUCAAUAUUUUAGAGGUUUUCGCAAAUAGUGUAGUUUUCUUAAAGUUAGUUUGUUUUCAUUUUGUUUUAACAUUGCCGCAACGUCAUCAGGACAUAAGAAAGUUGCGCGCGCAUGGGAUUGGUUCGAUUCCAUUUUUAUUGCAUGCGUUGUUGGCUCUCGUUCCCAAAACCACUCACCCCCACCCCUCGUUCCUGAAUUUAUUUGCCACAUCGCUUUAAAGUUUUGUUAAAUAGACAGUAUAAUUUUUUAUUCGUUUAUAUAAUUAAUGCUAUUUUUGACAAGCAUGUUUUGACGUGACAGAAAAACAUUGAAAAUAUUCUAAAAAACAUGGAUAUAUUAUAGUGUUUUAAGAAAAAAAAAUCACGCGUGACUUUUAAAGAUCCUUCACACACUUUAUUAUUUAUAUUUCUAUGUAGAGUUUGAAUAAAUUAUUAUUAAUAUAUUAAAAUUGGGGACGGCGCUUAUCGUCAUGUUUGUUGUGAACGUUCAAAUCUACAUGUGUGAUUUACGCUUCAAGGUUUCUAUAGUUUCGGGUAAAGUUUUAUGAAAGCCUGCCUUUCUGGAAAUUUCAAGAAAUUCUUUGAAUCGGCUCUGUGAACGUUCGUCACUUUUUCGGCCCUUCUAUCCAAUCUGACAAAAGUCAAUUUGCAAUGAUGAUGAUUUGAGAGAAUAUUUACGUGAAUCGCGUUCAUACUCGACAGACUUGUGUAGAACUUUAUUGUAUGUUAUCUAAAUCAAAGUAAUGUACUGCAGUGAUUACUUCUCUGCAUUCGGUUUGCAAUUGUCUGUUGUUACAUUGACUUCAAUGUUUGUAUGAACGCGAACUGUUAUA